AUGGAAGGUUCUGGUAACGGUUCCGGUUCUGGUUGGUGUGUGGACGAUGGGAACGCGUCUGCUGUGGAUCAGUAUCUCUUCAGCCGCUCUGAACUGAUCAUCGUCACAACGCUGUGUGUGCCGCUGCUGCUGCUGGGGCUGCUGGGUAAUAUUCUCACCAUCCUGGUAGUUUGGCUCCGCCCACAGAUGAGAAGCACCACCUACCUGUACCUGAGUAGCAUGGCAGUGUCCGAUAUUCUGAUGCUGGUCCUGAUGCCCCUCGACCUCUACAAGCUGUGGUGGUUCCGGCCGUGGUUGCUAGGCGAUGCGGUGUGCAAACUGUCGCAGUUUGUGAGCGAAUGCUGCACGUUUUCCUCCAUCCUUCACAUGACGGCGUUGGGGGCGGAGCGUUACCUGGCCGUCUGCUUUCCUCUCAGGGCCCGCCUCCUCGUGACGCGGGGGCGUGUACGAGCGCUGAUUGCCGCGCUGUGGGUCGUGGCCCUGCUGAGCUCCGCCCCCGUGCUGGUGCUGGUGGGGGUGGAGAGCGUUGAGGGCGGAGACCCCGAGUGCCGCAUCACGCAGUUCGCCCAGGCCUCGGGCCUGAUGACUGCCAUGCUGUGGCUGUGUAACCUGUACUUCAUCAUCCCCCUCACCCUCCUCUCCCUGCUGUACGGCCUGAUCGCCCGCACGCUGCGCCAGCGCGCACACGCACACCGGGACCACACCCACCGCCAGACCCUCCGGAUGAUGGUGGUGAUAGUGCUGGUGUUUGUUCUAUGCUGGUUGCCGUUCCAUGUGGGCCGGACGCUGUUCUCGCUGACCCCUGACCCCAGCGCUGCUCUGUAUUAUAUCAGUCAGUACUUCAACCUCGUCUCCUUCGUCCUCUUCUACCUCAGCGCUGCCAUCAACCCGCUGCUCUACAACGUCCUGUCCGCACGCUACCGUGCCAACGUCCGCAGCAUGCUACAUCUCCCACCAGGCCCCACUGCGGAGCUGCGCCACAGGUCUCACCCCUCCCUUUCCAGCACACACUUUUAACCUGAGCCUGACCGUGGAGCUGCAUCAUGGGGCUCACAUGGCUCACAGGUCCUUCUGCAGUCCUUCUCAGCAAACACUUCUGACUUGAGCAGAGCUGCACCACAGGGACCACAGCUGCCUCUCCAGUUCAGCACAGACUUCUAACCUAGGCCUAACCUGCACCACAGGGACCACAGCUGCCUCUCCAGUUCAGCACAGACUUCUAACCUAGGCCUAACCUGCACCACCGGGACCACAGCUGCCUCUCCAGUUCAGCACAGACUUCUAACCUAGGCCUAAACUGCACCACAGGGACUAUAGCUUCAAUUUCCAUUUCUAACCUGGGCCUCACUGAGGAGUUAAACUGCAGGGCUCACACUUACUACUCUAGGCCUUCAUUUGCCUUUCCAGCUCAGCAAAUACUUCUUACAUGGGCCCCACUGAGGAGCUGCACCACAGGGAUCACACCUCCCUGUUGAUUACUAAUUGACAUGGGUCCUAUUGCGGAGCUGCAUCACAGGGCCAACAGCUCCCCCUUUGGAAUAUACUUCUUUCUACUCUGGGCCCCACAGUGGAGCUGCACCGCAGGGCUUAUUCUUUCCCGUGCACACGUUUGACCAGCAUUUCAUCAUGGAGCUGAGACACAGGACACACCUCUCUCUGCCUAGUGCACUAAUAACAUGGGCCCCACUGUGGAGCUGCAUCACAGGGUUCACAGCUCCCCUGUCCAGCCCUGCAAACUCUUCUAACCUGGGCAGAAAGUCAGAGCUGCACCACAGGGCCCACAGCUUCUACACCAGCCCAGCAAAACACUCCUGGCCUGGGACAGCUCCCUGUUUAGCCUGGGCCCACUGCGGAGCUGCGUCACAGAGCCCGCCCCAGUGACUCCAGCACGCGCUUCUGACCAGUCUGAGUGGGUGUGUGUAUGUCGCAGUCUGAGUGG